GAGCUGGCGCGCGAGAACGGGCCCGGUCGCGCCGAGGCUCGAGCGGCCGCCGCCAUUUUGUAGGGUUCUCUCUGACGCGGGAGCCGCCGCCACCACCGCCGCUACCCGGAGGCUCUUGUCAGAAUGGUGAAGCUGUUCAUUGGAAACCUGCCCCGGGAGGCCACAGAGCAAGAGAUCCGCUCACUCUUUGAGCAGUAUGGGAAGGUGCUGGAAUGUGACAUCAUUAAGAACUAUGGCUUUGUGCACAUAGAGGACAAGACAGCAGCAGAGGAUGCCAUCCGUAACCUGCACCACUACAAGCUGCACGGGGUGAACAUCAACGUGGAAGCCAGCAAGAACAAGAGCAAAGCUUCAACCAAGUUGCACGUGGGUAACAUCAGUCCCACCUGUACCAACCAAGAGCUUCGGGCCAAGUUUGAGGAGUACGGUCCAGUCAUCGAAUGUGACAUCGUGAAAGAUUAUGCCUUUGUACACAUGGAGCGGGCAGAAGAUGCAGUGGAGGCUAUCAGGGGCCUUGACAACACAGAGUUUCAAGGCAAAAGAAUGCAUGUGCAGUUGUCCACCAGCCGGCUUCGGACUGCUCCUGGGAUGGGAGACCAGAGUGGCUGCUAUCGGUGUGGAAAAGAGGGACACUGGUCCAAAGAGUGCCCAGUAGACCGUACAGGGCGCGUGGCAGACUUUACUGAGCAGUACAAUGAACAGUAUGGAGCAGUACGCACACCCUACACCAUGGGCUAUGGGGAAUCCAUGUAUUACAAUGAUGCAUAUGGAGCACUCGACUACUAUAAGCGCUACCGUGUCCGCUCUUACGAAGCGGUGGCAGCAGCUGCUGCUGCUUCUGCAUACAACUAUGCAGACCAGACCAUGUCUCAUCUGCCUCAAGUCCAGAGCUCAGCUGUGACCAGUCACCUCAACUCCACUUCUGUUGAUCCUUAUGACAGACACCUGUUGCCGAACUCUGGUGCUGCUGCCACCUCAGCUGCUAUGGCUGCUGCCGCCACCUCUUCCUCCUACUAUGGAAGGGACAGGAGCCCCCUGCGUCGUGCUGCAGCUGUGCUACCCACAGUUGGAGAGGGCUACGGUUAUGGGCCAGAGAGUGAGCUGUCUCAGGCUUCAGCAGCUGCACGGAAUUCCCUGUAUGACAUGGCCCGAUAUGAACGGGAGCAGUAUGUGGACCGAGCGCGUUACUCAGCAUUUUAAAAACUGGAGGUGUGAACCUCAAAUGGACUGAAUAACCCUGAGUUGGUUGCAGUCCCAGGAGCCUGAUGUUAAUGAGGCUGCCAGGAUGAAAUACAACACAACUGUUGGGGAUCCAAAUUCGGGUCUCACCCUAGCAGAACUGAACAAGAACGUCACAGCUUUUGAAGUCGAUUGGCACAGAUCAAGACCAAGAUUUGGCCCUUUGUCUGUAAUAAGUAGAGGAACUUGGUGUGAGUUAACUUUUUUUUUCCCCCAGCCAUUGGUGUCUGGAGUUUCCAUCAUCAAUGGAAGAAUUAGAGAAUUCUAGCAGUGAUUUAUUCCUUGAGUUGGCAAGGGAGCUUUGGUCAAUUUGGGGAACUACUAGAACUGUGGUUCUAAAUCUGUGACAGUGUGACAUGUAGAUGUAUUAGAAAUAAGUGAGUAACUGACCACUCCUUGAGACUCUAUCCUUUGUGACUCAUUUUUGGAAGUUUGUUUAUAUGGAAGAUUAAAGUAAAAUGAAAUACACUUAGAAUGAUAUAGUCGGGCUGGGCAUGGUGGUGCACAGCUGUAGUCCUAGCUAUUGAGGAGGAUCAUGGAUCACUUAAGCCCAGCAGUUGGGGCCAGUUUAGGUGUCUUUACCAAAAAUUUAAAAAGAGCAGUUGGCCAUAUGAAUUUGAAAUCUCAGCAUGUUUUUCCUGGAUGUAAAUAUUAAAUUUUAAUUCUUGACAUUGUGUCUAUGCCCUUUAUUGGUGUCACAGCAUUCCAUCCCAGGUUUUUCUGCUUAAAAGAUUAAGUGUGAGGUGAGCAUGGUAGCACAGACAUGUAAUCCUACCACUCUAGGAGGCUGGAGCAAGACUGCAAGUUCAAGCCCACCCUAGGCAACUUUGUGAGAUCCUGCCUCAAAAUAAAAGGGCCAGGG